GUCUUGACCUACCUAGAUGUCCAGACGAAGAGGCGGAGGCAAAAAGUUUGCAGCAACACUUAAACUCACAAGACAGAAGCACUCUCUUGUUCUUUUCUAAUUGUUUAAAAGAUCUAAGAGACUAUAUACUCGAUGCGGCAAAGGCAGUAAUAACCCUUCAAGUCCCACCCCGAAUCUUCUACAACCUCGCCACUACCACAGACGGUUUCGAAUCUGAUUACCAACACACACUCGGAGGAGAGGAUCCACGCAAGAAACACCCGCUCGAUGGUUCCAACCCAACAACACCCGUCACAAUGAGCGCGAUACUCUCCGCCGACGACCUCAACGACUUCAUCAGCCCCGGCGUCGCCUGCAUCAAGCCCAUCGAGACGCUCCCCCCCGCCGCCGCCACCGCGUCCCCCACGACCGCCGACGAGAACGAAGUCAUCCUAGACGGCCAACAACCCCCGCAUGCCGCCGCCGGCGCCGCGCCGGCCGAGAUAUCGCUGACCGACUGCCUCGCCUGCUCCGGCUGCGUCACCUCGGCCGAGGCCGUGUUGGUCAGCCUGCAGAGCCACGCCGAGGUGCUCAGCACGCUCGACUCGGCCCCGUCGCUGCGGCUCGCCCCCGAUAAUGUCGAGGGCCUCGAGGACGAGUCCCGGAGGCUGUUCGUCGCCAGCGUGUCGCCGCAGACACGGGCGAGCCUGGCGGCGGCGUGCGGCGGCGGCGUGACGGAGGGGCAGGCCGGGCGCAUGCUUGAGAGGCUGCUGAUGGGGGAGGGGGGUUUGAGAGCGGGCGGCAAGUGGGGCAAUGGGUUCACGUGGGUCGUCGACACCAACACGGCGAGGGAGGCAUGUCUGGUCCUUGGGUCCGACGAGGUACUCGGGGGUGGUUCUAUUACAACGCAGCCGCCGGCGGACGGGCCUGCGCGGCCUAUCCUCACAUCAUCAUGCCCCGGAUGGGUAUGCUAUGCCGAGAAGACACACCCUUACGUCCUCCCUCAUCUAUCGCGCGUCAAGUCGCCACAGGCCCUGAUGGGCACCCUGCUCAAGACCACCCUCAGCCGGAAGUUUGGGAUCCCGCCCGACCGGAUAUGGCACCUGGCCAUCAUGCCUUGCUUCGACAAGAAACUGGAAGCGAGUCGCGAGGAGCUGACGGAUGCAGUUUGGGCGGGCGACGGGAAGCCCGCCCGGGGAGUGCGAGAUGUCGACUGCGUUAUCACGAGCAAAGAGAUACUCAUGCUUGCCGAGUCGCGGGGAAUCGACUUCUUCAGUCUGUCCUCAGGGCCCCUUCCAAGACAACCCCAAUUCCCGGAUCCCUCGAUCCAGAGGUUCCUCUUCCCUCCCAGGUCGGGCCACAGACCGUCACCCGCAGCGGGGUCAUCUGGUGGCAACCUCUAUUUCGUCCUCCAGGACAUGCAGUCGACGCACCCGGGAUCGCAAAUACAAACGACAAGGGGCAGGAACGCCGACGUUGUCGACUAUAGCGUAACCUCUACCUCCGGCGAAGUCAUCUUCAGGGCCGCACGUUAUUACGGUUUCCGGAAUAUCCAGAACUUGGUCCGGCGGCUCAGGCCGGUGAGGCCAUCGCGGAUGCCAGGCGGAAGGCCGGUUGGCAGCGCCAGGAAGCCGGCGGGGAAGUCGGCCGGGUUGGAGUAUGCAUAUGUCGAGGUCAUGGCCUGCCCCGGCGGCUGCACCAAUGGGGGCGGCCAGAUAAAGGUCGACGACCCGGUCAUCAUUGAGCGCAAGGGGUUUGCCUCAAAACCGGGGCCCUUGGAGCAGAAGGAAUGGCUGUCGCUGGUUGACGAGGCUUAUUUCUCUGCGGAUGAGGCGGAAAUCGGUGUGGGUGAUGUGGAGGGCGUGGCCAAUGGCUACGAGAAGGUGGUUGGUGGUAUUUCCCCUGCAUAUAUUCGAGAUAUCCUGGCGCAUUGGUCGAGUAUUACAGGCAUAGCGUUGGAUAGACUGGCCUAUACGAGCUACCGCGAGGUAAUCAGUGACGUCGGGAAGGAUAAGACGACGGAUACUGAGAGGGUGGUCCAACUGGCUGGAAAGAUCGGUGGAGGGUGGUGACCAGUACCUAGGCUAGGUAGU